ACAGUUUUCAAAUGCUGGACUUGAACAGCCCAAUUCACCCAUUACUAUGGUAACAGUACAUCCUGAUGAAGUUUUGGGUAUGAACAAAGGGUUUUCCACACCAACUUCCAGCUUUCAUUGUCCACCUACAAUGGCUCAGCCAGUAAAAGCAGAGAGCUCAUCACUUUACUCUUUGCUUGCUUCUUCGUUCCCUCCUCAAGGUGGAGGUUGGAGAGAUCCACUUCUCACAUCAUCCUCCCUGCCAGGACAACCACCCAACCAGCAGCUGGGCAGCAUAGAGGAAUGCCCAAGCUCAAAUCAGCAACAGAAUAUUUCUCAACAGCAACAACAGUGCUCAAACCAUUCUUCUGGUUCAACUUCAGCACUACAGGAACUAUUGCUUCGUUCCCCAUCAACUCCUUUAUCACCACAUAGUGUGUCCUCCCAGGGGGCCCCAUCACCUCAAGAACCUCCUAUGGGGCAAUCUGUACCAAGGCCCUCUUCCCUCUCAGCUGCAAAUCCCCUGCUUUCUGCAAGGUUGUCUUCAUCGGCACCAACCCACAACUUUUCCCUGGAGCAAGCUUGGCAGCGAAGGGAGCCUAGACAGCAUCUUUUGUCAACUGGGUCUUUGGCUGAAGAAUUUGGCGGUUCAGCUUCUUCUCUAAGUACAGUGGGAGGCAUCCUGUCUCCAGCAGCACAUGAUCUCUCUAUUGACGAUGCAGUUGAUUCUGAGGAUGAGUCUGAUAAUGAACACUAUGACUCAGAGUCAGAUAAUGAUUCAAUAGUUAGUGAAGACACGAGCAGCAUCUCAGGUUCAAGUGGGAAGAAGGAAAGGUACUUCUGGCAGUAUAAUGUACAAGCCAAAGGACCAAAGGGACAGCGUGUGUGCAUAAGCCAGCAGCAGCGUGACCCACACAGCCUGCCAUCAAUCAUGGAUCCAGUGUUCUCCCCGCUCUGCUCAAUUCAAGGAAUAAAACACAGUUUAUCUCUAACACACAGUGGAAAGGCCCGAAGGGGCGAUGGAAAUGACCUUACGCCGAACCCCCGUAAAUUAGUGAACAUUGGCAGAGAACUCGACAAACUGAACAAGACAAUAAAUGACUUAACACCUGUAUCUGAACUCCCAUUCAACGUGAGACCCAAGUCUAGAAAAGAGAAGAACAAAUUGGCAUCGAGAGCCUGCCGCUUGAAGAAGAAAGCCCAGCAUGAAGCAAAUAAGAUCAAGCUGUAUGGUUUAGAGCAAGAGCACAAGGGAAUGCUUCUGCUUCUGGAGGAGGCUCGAGGAAGUCUGAUAAAGAAGGUAGAGAGUGGAGGGACUGCACACAUGCCUACCAAUCAUCACCAAGCCCUACCAGGCACCCCACCGCAGAACCAUCAGCUGUCUGUAUCACAGCAUAUUGAAAAAAUUGCCAAGUUAAGGAGCAAACUCCGGAUUGCUGGCCAUACCACUGAGUUUGUGAAUCGUGUCAUUGAAAACUGUCAGAAUGGAGAUCAUAAUGGAGGACUGGAAGAGAUAACCAAAACCUUUAAUGACACCAAUUUGGCCGCCAGUCCCACAUCCAAUGGCAACAAUGGAUAUUCACCUCGCUGAAAUCUCCAAGUGGAAACACAUGUUGGUGCAGAUUGAGGUGCUUGGAGCCACCCAAACUCAUGCACCCACAACUAUGGCAAGAAUACACCAUCUCUUCAAUGCUUCACAAGGAAUUGCUGUAUUUGCAUUAAUCCAUGACUUGCAUACAUGGAUUCAGUAAUAUGCACUGAGGCCAUAGCUUCGCAAGCAACAAGCUUUAAGGAAAUUUAAAAGUUGAAAGUGUAAAUAAGUAAUUUGUACAGAAUUAACCCAUAUACUUUACCCAAAGCAACUGCUGUAACCAGUGGGGCGAUGGAUCCCCCCAAUAGUGGGAAGCCAAAAUUAUAGUUAGGAAAAAAGGAUUGGUAGAUGUUAGAUGAUGAUUGUGAUAUAUUCAUCCAUCAGUGAUGAAUGGUACAGAUAUAGAACUAGCUGCAUUCUUUUUAGAAGGGAAAUGAGUUAGUGAGGCUUUGCUUUUUUGCACGAGACGUAGGCUGUGACAGUCAGAGGAACGAUUGAAUUGCUACAAAACAAAAAUGUUAUUGUUAAGUUUUUUCUUAACAGAUCCUGUAAAACCCCUAGGGCAGUAUUGCACUAUGUAAUUAAUCCUUAGAUUUAUUAUGUUGGAAAUUAGUCCAGGUUAAAUCAGUGUGGAAAACCAAGGCAAACUCUUCACAGAUAAGGCACUCUUUAAGGGUUCUACUGCCCUGAGGUCCACCAACGCUUGUUCAUUUGGUUAUUACUAUUACCACUGUGAAAGUAUUGUUGUGCAUUAUAGAGUCUGUGAGAACAGAGCUUUCUCUAAUACAUUAUAUAGAAUAUUUUUGUUGCAGCUUUGGUGUUUUGUUUAUAUAGAUUACAUAAUUUUUAUUAAUUUUUAAGUGAAAAGUGUAUGUAAGUUGGUCUGUAGCAUUCCUGCUGGUUGAUAUUUAUGAUAUAAGUAGUUUUAAGAUAAUAUUUGAUAGACACUUUAUAACAAGAAAGUAGAAGUGUAUGUUUCUGUACUAGUGUAAAGCUUGCCAUAGAUUUUCCAUUUUCUAAACAAAAUGAGAAUUUGUGUAGCUAAGAUUGUUGUGCAGUAUUUAUUCUGCAACCAAAGCCUAUAAUCAUGACAUGUGUUGUCUGUGACCCCCAUUUAUUGCUCUUCAGCAGGACUAGGUACUCAUUCUCUUCAGAGUUCAUUCAGGCUGACAUGAUAGUUGUUUGUCAGAGAGAAUAGCAAGAAUUUUAAGUGAAACAUAGUCUUUUCUGAAUAGAAAUGUUAAGUGUAAUAUACAUAUAUAGGUUAUAAAAGCAACACCUUGUUUUGAAAGUGUAUGCAAUAUGAGAAAUGUGUGAUGACAUGGAAUUAUUGUGCAGAAUGUAGUUAUAGUAUGUUCCUCAUUUUGUUGUCCAUCAAUAUCUUGCCUUGAAUAGAACAAAUUGAAAGCUGAUCUUUUUAGGAAAAUUAGCAUAGUGUUUUAAUUUUCACUGUUUGGAGAAUUUUUAAAUUUCAUUUUAGAGCAUUGAUAUGUUAGGCUGAAUUAAACAUUGCAGCUUAAUGCAUUUCAGGGCAUUAGCUUAGUGUUUGUCUAAAACAAGUUACUUUUUUUUGCUAAUAUACAGCUACUCCACAUUAGAUAGUUUGAUGAAUAAUUCAUUUGAUAAUACUCCAAAUGCAAUAUGAAUUAUGAUAAGCAUUAAAGCAAACACACUUUCAUUACUUGAAUAAGGAAUAUAGGUUUCUAUCUGACUAAUGAUAAUUUUAUUGAAUGUAGACCAUGGAAUAGUAGAGUAGAAAUGUUUCCACUUGCACAAUGAAUUACCUCAUGUUUAAAUUUUGUCCAUGCUUUAUUGCCUUUUGCAACUUACAUAUAUGGUAAUGUAUGUUAUUUAGGAAGGCUACCUUUUUUACUUGCAGUCUCUCAGAAUGAGGCAAGGCUUAGUUCUUUUCCCUUUUUUUAUGUUUUGAUAAACUACACUUUUUGAAACAGAAAUUGGAGAAUGUAUGGCAAGACAAAACUAGCACGAAAUGGCUGAGUUUGUGUACCUGAUAAUGUAGGUUAGGUUAGAUAACCCGGUGCCUGUCUAGUCGCACUAAUAUUCAAGUAAACACAUGAGUCUAUACAAACAUGUUUUGCUCUAUUAAAGUGGUUUCUACUUCAUAAAGGUAGAAAGAAUAAAUGUUUUUUGAAAUGAGAAUUAAGAGGGAAGGGAGACUUCAUAUGGAAGUUACCACUAAAAGAUUUUGAAUCUGUAGAAACAGAGCUGUUGAUAUGCUGACUAAGCUGACAUUUCUUAUGGAAAAAAGGAUUGUUUACUAGUUGAGCAACACAUGUGUGUCUCAUGUGACUUUAUUUGUCAGACUUCUCUCAACAACACUGAGGAUAUAAUCCAGCUAUGUAUAUUGUAAUUGAACUACAGAAAGAAUUCUCUUCUAAUGAUAUUUUUUUUUAGUUUAUUGCAGAAUAUAAAGAUUAAGAGCAAAGCUUGUUAAGUAUCUUCAGAUCUUUCUCAAGGGAAGAGAGGUGUUUACACAAUUUCCGUUUUGAGUACUGAGGCAAAAGUUGAGAAAGUCUAGUUUCUUUCCCCAUUUUUUUAUUUAUUAUUAUUAUUAUUAUGUUUUUGAUUCUAGAGGAACCAGGGUUAUACUUAUCGUUUAUAUUUUGAUAUAAAGAAGUGGCACCUGUGUUAUAUUUAGUGUGGCAAACUUUUGUGCAUGUUAGCCCAGCACUGGUGUAGUAUUGUGAUUUUUCAGAGUAUUGUAGUACAUUGUAAUGUUGCAUUACUGUAGCAGUGCUUGGACAGAACUGAACACAUUAACUAUAUUGUAGGACUGAUCUCUACAACGAGAGACAAGAAUCAUGUUAUUUGUUGUUUUAUCUAAAAGGUUGUAGCUUUUUUUUAUUAUUAUAUUUUGUUAUAAUAGUUGAGUUUUAAAAAUUAUGUUUAGAAGUGAUUUAUAUCUAAGACAGCAAACAUUACAUUUUUGUUUAAAUUACACAAUUAAAAAAAUAAUUAAGUUGAUGUGAUUGUUAACCCUUGUCCUACAGAUUUUAUAUUAACACUUUCCCUGUGUCCUAUCAUACUGCUAGCUCUGGAUAGGACAUAUGAUAGUGUAUGAUACUUUUUCAUCAUUUAGAUUAGCUGUCAAUAUAAAGAAAUAUACUUCUGGAAUGUUUUGAACUUUUAAACUUCAUUUAAAUUUGUAGUGCAUAUUAAGUGUAUACUUCCUUGUAUAUGGGACUAUCUAAUACACUGUAUUAAUUUGCUUAGCCAUGUAGUUAUAAUCAUAAUGUGUUCAUAUGUUGAACCUAUACACUGUAUGAUUGUUUUAUAACCAAACAAGCAUCAAGUAAUCAAAUGCAGUGUAGGCUCACUUUCUUGGUUAACCUUUUUCCUUUGAAGCCUAAUGUAAAUACUUAAUAUAACAUAUCCUUGCUGCAUGCCAGUUGAAGGGUUUCGUGGUGAUUUGAAAUCCUGCGUGAUGACAAGUUUCUCCCCACUAACUCGUGGUCAUUUCCAUGCAUCUUCCAACCUGCAGAUGAUUAGCAGUCUCGUGUGUUGUUGUGAAAGGCAAGUCCGUAGUCCACUUUUGGUAAAAAGGCUUUGUGAUGGAAGUGGACUGCAAGUGAAUGAGAUCGUAUAAAUGUUUACUUCUUUUGCAUUGUGUGUAAAUGGCUCUCUUCUCCUUAUCACUUAAUAUCAGUUUUGAUCUGGAAAUUAAAAAAGAAAAAAAAAAAAUCAGUGCUAUGGAGUUACUACUUUGCUUUCUUUCGACAACCUCAAGCGUCUGCCGUCAGUCAGUUACAGAUCAAUCAUCUGUGAUAUCAAUUCAGGUGUAAUAUAUGUCCAUAUUUUAAAAAAUCAUAAAAAAAGAAUAAAACAAAAAAGUAAAACAUUAAAAAAAAGACCGAAGGGUCACCAAGAAAAAUUAAGGUGAUGCGACCAAAAUACUAGCUUUUGAUGUUGGUACUGUGAAAUGACCACAAAUGUGUUUACUGUAAACUAAAUACCAUUGAUAUUUUAGAAUGUAAGCAAGGUGUGUGUGUGUGUGUGUGUGCAGAUAUAUGACAUACACGCACAUAUAUAUAUAUAUAUAUAUAUAUAUAUAUAUAUAUAUAUAUAUAUAUAUAUAUACAUAUACAUAUACAUAUACAUAUAUAUAUACAUAUAUAUUAUAUAUGUAUGUAUGUAUGUAUCUAUAUAGAUAUAUAUAUAGAUAGAUAUAUAUAUGUACUAUAUAUACAAAUAUUGAAUAUCAGUAUAUAAACUAGCUGAAACAUUUAACCAAGGUCAUGUAUAUUUCAGUUCUUGCAAGAAGGCUCUGAUUCUGUGGAAGCCUGUUGAAACAUGGUGUAGGUUACCAUGUUUUGCUUGAAAGACUUUCCAAAUUAUCUUGCAUUACAGUUUUUAGGUACAAAGUUGGUGCUGAAUACUUUCAAAUUAGUGAUGCCAAAUUUAGUGAUUUUCACAUGAUAGUCUUAAUCAUGCCAUUAAAUGGCUUCAGCUGUUAAAUGCCCACUAUGACUGGAUACUUUACAUCUGACCUUCUGUGUUAGAUUACAAGAGAAACUUCACACCUUCCUUAGAACUGGAUAUCAUUCCAGUUUUCUAUUAUAUUGUUGUUUGCAUACUUUACACUCAAUGUCUACAUUACUGUUACUAAAAAAUAUGUAUAUAUGAGCAUUAUUUUUGUAUUGCUUUCACUUCUUCAGAGCCUCUUGAAAACUACAACUUAAUGUGUAGCUUCUAAUAAGCCAACACAGAUGGAUUAGCUUCUUCUAAAUAAUCCACUUUUAUUUUAUCUUUCAGUAUUGCAAAGAGAGUGAACUAUCUAGUUUGAACCUUACUGUAACUGGGGUACAUACUGGUUGGAAGGUAUUAAUGAAGAUUAAGUGGAAGAAGUUUGGUAGGAAAUGUUAGUGAACCCCAGAUCUUUUUAAAAUAAAUCUUCCUGAUUUUUUACUAUUGAUACUAGGUUAGCUAGCCUGUACAUUAGUUUAUGCAAAAUUAGUUGUCACAAUUUUAUCUGAAUCUGCAAUGUUCAUUGGAAGACAACAGUUACUCCCUGGGUACAGGACUUGUACAUCGUAUUUAAAUAAAUGAAUUAGAAUACCAGUUCAUAAGUACUUUUUAUUUCCUCAGUAAAGAAAGGAUUGCCGUAUUUCAGAAUCAUAUAGACAGAAUUUCCAUUUGUUGUCGGCCACUACUGAAAUAUUCAUCACUAUAUAGGUUCAUUUGGGUAAACAAAAAGAACCACCAGCACUCUUACAUUGUUUUAUAUUUUUUUACUGGUGAAACAUUAUAAAAACAAAAAAACUAUGUAAAAAAUAGUAUGUGACUAUAAAAAAGGGGUGUGAUAUACCUGUCUACAUGUACAUAGGUGCAUGUUUGUGUGUACAAAUAAAAAUAUCAUAUUGUUGAA